UAAUUUUCUAAUGGAACUAUAAAUAUACACUUCUUAAACAACAUUUGUUGUUUUCUCACCAGUUUGCCACACAUAACAAAAGGUACGAUACAAGUAUGUACAACAUAUAAACGGUAGGUACAAUAAAAUCUCACGGGAACAUCUGUCACUGCCCAUAGCGACCAUCUCGCUCGAAUUGGUAUCCUAUGUCAAAGAAGACCUUUGUAAAGAUGUCACAUGCCUAUCAAUACGGUCACCGAAGGCAAGAUAGAUAUAUGUGAUCUGAAGGCCUCCAGAAGCACCACCAUGGCUGAGCAUUUAACAGAGGAACAGAUUGCAGAGUUUCAGGAGGCCUUCGGACUGUUUGAUAAAGACGGGGAUGGCAGCAUCACCACGAUUGAACUGGGGAUCGUGAUGAGGUCUCUCGGGCAGAAUCCCACAGAGGCAGAGCUUCAGGACAUGAUCAACGAGGUGGACGCUGAUGGAAACGGCAACAUCGAUUUCCCGGAGUUCCUGACAAUGAUGCAGAAAAAAUUGAGCUCCAGAUCGGACUCCGAGGAGGAAGUGAGGGAGGCCUUCAAAGUGUUCGACAAGGACUGUAACGGGUUCAUCUCCGCCUCUGACCUCAAACAGGUGAUGAAUAACCUUGGAGAGAAGCUGACCGAUGAAGACAUCAAUGAGAUGAUCAAAGAAGCCGACCAUGAUGGUGAUGGUCAGGUUAACUAUGAAGAGUUUGUGAUGACAAUGCUGAUCAAGUGACGACACAGCAGGGAGCGUAUGGACCUGAAGAUGAGGCUGAGGCACAGAGAUGCUGUACAAUAUGGCAAUAUGGCGGACUCCAGGCACAUUUGACGUCACGAGCGGAAAGGUCACGUGGGUUCCAGCGAAAUAUGCAUA